AUGGCAUCGCAAACGAGUGGAAAUAGGGCUGCUGAGGCUUUCUUGCGCUCAGCUGAUGACCUGAAAGCAUCACUUGCCGAUAUGAGCGAAGACGACCGCAUGAGAAUCGUGCUCAGGAUGUAUGAACUCAUGAUUGACGUCGAAUCGCCGUGGGACACAUACAUGAGACUUUAUCUCAGUGAAGCAAGUUUCCUCCAAAGGCCGUCCGUUCUAGCCGCAUUGGAAACAUUUGAAAGCCUGCAACUCUUCGAAAAAUGGAAUGAGAAUGGCAAUAGACCGGCGACAGAGACAGAGCUCGCUCAAUGGGUCGCAACUCCAUGCGACCCCGCACUACUUCGCCGUCUGCUUCGUCUUCUGGCUGCCAAUCGCCUCAUCAAAAUUACCGACCUUGGAAAGUUCGAACCUACUCCCUUUUUCGCGCAACUAGCGGACAAUAAUUACAAGCACAUGCUACACUUUCAUCACAAAUUCACGGUGCCAAUGCUGCACCACAUGCCAAUGUUUCUCAAAAAGACAAAUUUUGUCAAUCCAACACGCAGUCGCGACACAAUGUUCGACUCCGCAUUCAACUGGGAAGGUGGUCUUUUUGGUUACCUUGAGAAGUACCCCGAGGAGGGGAAGGGGUUCAACGUUGUCCAGAAGCUUUCUACGUCGAGCCAAGCCAGAUGGACUUCUGUCUACCCUUGCCACACCCUUUUGGAUUCCGACCCAAGCCUGCCGCUUCUCGUCGAUGUGGGAGGUAGCAUUGGCCAAGAUCUCAAGCCGUUCUUGGAGAAAUAUCCAGAGACAGCGUCGAGACUAUAUUUGCAAGACCUCCCGUCCGUCAUUGCAGAUGAGGACGCAUGCCAGGUUAAGGGGAUCAAUAAGCUUGCAUAUGACUUCUUCAAACCUCAACCGAUCAAGCACGCGCGGGCGUAUUACAUGCACCACAUUCUCCACGAUUGGCCUGACAAGAUCGUUCUCAAAAUUCUCGAGAACCAAAAGAUUGCCAUGAAGCCUGGGUACAGCAAGAUGCUGAUUCACGACCAUGUGCUGGAUGACAGUAGGCCUGUGCAUCCUCAUGCUGCUAGUUACGACAUCACCAUGAUGGCCUUCGGUUCUGCCAAGGAGCGAACGGAGAGAGAAUGGCGCGAGCUGAUCGAGUCAAUUGGGUUGAAGAUUGUUAAGAUAUGGGGUUCGCCGUCAUCAGUACAGGGAAUUCUUGAGGUCGUGCUUAUGGAAGGAGCGGCAAAGCUUUAA